CCCGCCGCCGCCCCGCGCCCCGCCGCCACCAUGGAGGCCAUCAAGAAGAAGAUGCAGAUGCUGAAACUGGACAAGGAGAACGCCAUCGACCGCGCCGAGCAGGCGGAGGCCGACAAGAAGCAGGCGGAGGACCGCUGCAAGCAGGUGGGUGAGGAUGGCUGUCCCCCUCCCAGUCUUGUGGGGACCACCCUCCCCCCUGACCCCCACUCUCCGUCCCUUCCCCAGCUGGAGGAGGAACAGCAGGGCCUGCAGAAGAAGCUGAAGGGCACGGAGGAUGAGGUGGAGAAGUACUCUGAGUCCGUAAAGGAGGCCCAGGAGAAGCUGGAGCAGGCGGAGAAGAAAGCUACAGACGCUGAGGCUGAAGUGGCUUCUCUGAACCGCCGUAUCCAGCUGGUAGAGGAGGAGCUGGACCGAGCCCAGGAGCGCCUGGCCACCGCCCUGCAGAAGCUGGAGGAGGCUGAGAAGGCGGCUGAUGAGAGCGAGAGAGGCAUGAAGGUCAUCGAAAACAGGGCCAUGAAGGAUGAGGAGAAGAUGGAGCUCCAGGAAAUGCAGCUGAAGGAGGCGAAGCACAUAGCUGAGGAGGCUGACCGCAAAUACGAGGAGGUUGCCCGCAAGCUUGUCGUCCUUGAGGGAGAGCUGGAACGCUCAGAGGAGAGGGCAGAGGUGGCGGAGAGCCGAGUGAGACAGUUGGAAGAAGAGCUGCGGACCAUGGACCAGACUCUCAAAUCCCUCAUUGCCUCAGAGGAAGAGUAUUCCACCAAGGAGGACAAGUAUGAGGAGGAAAUCAAGCUCCUAGGGGAAAAACUGAAGGAGGCUGAGACCCGAGCGGAGUUUGCAGAGAGGUCUGUGGCGAAGCUGGAGAAAACCAUCGAUGAUCUAGAAGAUGAAGUGUAUGCGCAGAAGAUGAAGUACAAAGCCAUCAGUGAGGAGCUGGACAAUGCCCUUAACGACAUCACCUCCCUCUGAGCCUCCCGCUGGGCACUAGCACUGCACCCCCCCGCCUGCCUCUCCCCUCCCCAGCUCGGCCACUUGCCUGCCCGGCCGUCCCACCACUCUCCCUGCCCGCUCUCUCCGACUCUGUCCUUCCUAGCCCGUGCCUGUCUGUUGGCUCCUUUGGGACAGGAGCCAGCCCGGGGUGUUCCUGCAAUACCCCUCUUUGUGGGGAGACGAGGUGUAGGUGCAUAGGGGUGUUUGGCAGGGCAGGGGAGCAGCCCUUGGGACCCCCGCACACUGCCCAUGGGGUUGUAGGUCCGUGCCCCAGCAUUGCCCAGAGGGGAACAGGGCUGUGCCCAGGAGCCUUUAGCUCCAGCAGCUCCCUCCUCAGCUGCCCAGCAGCACAAGCACUGGGGACCCUGCAGCUCUGGGGCCGGGGGGUCACCUGCCCCCCACAUCCCACCCCAGCAAAGGCCCCCGGUGCUGCUUGCUGGGCCCAGGGUGGGGAGGACCCGCACAGGGGAAGCGGCACCUCCACUGCCAAAGCUCAGGCUCGAGGGGUGGAGGGUUGGGUCCGGCUGUGCAGGCAGCCCUUUCCCCGGCAGGCAGGCAGCCCCCAGGCCCCCGGCUCCUCCCUUGCCCGUGCCUCCCUCUGUCCUUUGCACAUCGCUCUUCCGUUUGCAUUUCAUGACUUUUCUUUUAUGUUCUGUCGCUCUGGGUUACUGAGUUGGUCUCAAUAAAGUGUUUUCUUUCCUUGGUUUCUCCUUUGUUUUCUUCAUGCUCCUCUGUCCCUCAUCUCCUGCCUGUCUCACGCGGGUGCUGGCAGCUGGGUGGUAGGAGGUGGUUGCAGGCAGCUUGCAGCUGUGGGACCCUCGGGACGGCCGUGGCUGAGCCCCGAGCAGCUCCCGCGCUGCCAGGCUGAGCAGGACGGGGCACUUUGUGCCUCGGCCUGGGGGAUGACCUCCACCACCCCACCAGCUCUCAUACACAGCUUUCCUCAUCUCGUGCCAUCUUCUCCAUGCCUCUUUUGGCCUGCAAUAGCAGGGUUAGAACUGGUCCUGCCCAUUCCCUGUCUCCACUCCCAGCCAUUGCCAAGCAGCAGUCUCAACCCUGGCAUCUCUCCUGCAUCACCCUCCCUCGAUGAAGGGGCUGAUCCUACCCUUCAGCAGCGAUCCCUAAACAGGUGCCUGAUCCUCUUCGUCCUCCUUCCUCAGCAUCCUGCCCUGCCCCACAACCCAGUUCCCAAACUGAUGGACCCAUAUCCCCAAUCCUGCCCCAGGACUGCCUGCCUCCUCCUGCCAGCCCAGCUCAUCCCCGCUGCUGGCUGGGCAGCUGCAGAAUUUCCAGCAAGGGCUUUGGGGAAUGCUGUCUCUUUUCACUAACUUACCUUUCUCUCUCUCUUCCCUCUGCUGCGCUGACGUCUCCUUUUUCUCUAGAGCGCUCCCGGCAGGAGGCCGAGAAAAACCGUGUUCUCACU